AUGGCGAAGAAGGCUUCAGGAUCAACCGACAAGAAAGCCAGUGGGUCAGCAGACAAGAAGGCGGUAGGCAAAGACAACAACAAAGGAAAGGCGAAGGCAACCACCGACGAUGGUGAGGAGAAACAGGCCAAGGGGAAAGGCUCCCUGAAGGCAGCUACAGCAGUUAACGUACGCCAUAUACUAUGCGAGAAGCAUUCUAAGGCCACAGAAGCCCUGCAGAAAAUCCAGGAAGGACAGUCGUUCAACAAAGUCGCGCAGGAGUAUUCGGAGGACAAGGCUAAAGCUGGAGGAAGCCUGGGAUGGAUGGUACGGGGAAGCAUGGUUGGCGCUUUCCAAGAAGCAGCGUUCGCCCUCACACCCUCCACUGUCGACAAGCCCAUCACAUCUGGUCUUGUUAAGACAGAUUUUGGCUACCAUAUCAUCAUGGUCGAAGGCCGUCGAUGA